AAGGCUGGAGUUUAGAUGAUGCACAAAGAAAGAAGUCACUUUUCCACGGUUCUCCUGACUGACACGCGCUCAAUCUGGAAAAUUCCUCUUCUGAUCUGACUUGACGAGUUGGAUUCGCGAGUUUGGAGCCGUUUGUUUAUCUCACGCUUACAGAAUUAUACUGGAUUUCAACUAUGACUACCAUUAAGCCAUAUUGCACGUCGUUCAAGUCUUUUUCUUUCGAAUACGCGAUGUCAGUCUGAUCCAAAAUGAAGUUUGGGAAGAACAUAUGCAUCCUAAACGUCGGUGGCACCAAGUACGCGUUCACAAGAGAAGUUAUCAAGGAUUUUCCUCUGCGAAGAGUGAGCAGGCUCCACAGCUGUUCCUCAGAAAAGGAGGUUUUGGAGGUUUGUGAUGAUUAUGACCGAGAAAGGAACGAGUUUUUCUUCGACAGGCACUCGGAGGCGUUUGUUUUCAUCAUGCUUUACGUUCGUUCGGGAAAGCUCAGGUUUGUCCCGCAAAUGUGCGAGCUUUCUUUUUACAACGAGAUGAUUUACUGGGGUUUGGAGAGCUCACAUUUGGAGUUUUGCUGCCAGCGACGACUGGAGGAUAGGAUGUCCGACACAUAUACGUACUUUUCUGAGGACGACAUGAAGGCAGAAGUGGAGUCCAGAGGUGAGGAGGAGCAGGUCAGCAGGUUCGCGCCUGACAGAGGGAGCGCGCGGUGGCUGGAGAGGAUGCGGAGGACUUUUGAGGAGCCAGCCUCUUCCAUCGCUGCGCAGAUCCUGGCGUCAGUGUCAGUGGUUUUUGUCAUUAUGUCUAUGGUCAUCCUCUGUGCGAGCACUCUGCCGGACUGGGAUACAGCAAAAAACAAUACAGUGGAAGAACACAGGAUCAUCGAGGCAGUUUGCAUCGGGUGGUUCACUGCCGAAUGCAUAGUGCGCUUUAUUGUCUCGCGGGACAAAUGUGAGUUUGUGCGCCGCCCCCUUAACAUUAUUGACCUGCUGGCGAUCACCCCUUACUACGUGUCUGUGGCAAUGACAGCGCUGACUGGAGAAAACCCUCAGCUACAGCGAGCAGGAGUCACCCUGCGUGUGCUGCGAAUGAUGCGCAUCUUUUGGCUGAUCAAGCUAGCCCGUCACUUCCUCGGUUUGCAGACGCUGGGAUUGACACUGCGCAGGUGCUACCGUGAGAUGGUCAUGCUGUUGGUGUUCGUCUGCGUGGCCAUGGCCAUAUUCAGUGCUCUUGCACAGCUGCUGGAGCACGGCCUUGACCUGGAGACUAGCAACGAGGACUACGCCAGCAUCCCGGCAUCCUGCUGGUGGGUUAUUAUCUCCAUGACGACCGUCGGCUAUGGAGACAUGUAUCCCAUCACCGUUCCGGGACGCGUGCUGGGUGGUGUGUGCGUUGUGAGUGGCAUUGUGCUGCUGGCUCUGCCCAUUACCUUCAUCUACCACAGCUUCGUGCAGUGCUACCACGAACUCAAAUUCCGCUCAGCACGCUGUGUGCGAAGUCUCUCCUCUGAGUUUCUCAACUGACCUUAGCAGAGUCCGUCCUGAGAUCCUCCGAACCCGCUGGUCUUCAGCUGGGCAACGUCACCUGCUCUUCUGUGCCUUUAUUUUUGUACUAAGACCUAAAGUGAAAAUGGGGAAAGUCAGCAUUUAGCAUUUAGUCAGCAUUGUGGGAACCUUUUCAAUCCAAAUAAUAACAUAAGUACCUCUGUACUCAAGGAGAUAUUGCGGAAUAAUGGACAAUACAGGAAUCUGGAACAAUUUGAGGCAAAAGGCCCCGAUAUACAAAGAGAGUUAAAUAUCUUUUUCGUUCAUCUGCAUGAAAUCAAAAUUUACAAUGUUUAUUUUGCUGGUGCACAUAUUCAGUGAACAAUUAAUCCAUGCAAGCUAAUCCACUUUAAAAAAAUAAAUAAAUAAAUAAAUUUUGGUAAUCUUAAAUACACAAUCUUACCAUUUGCUUCCACUCUGGAAUGGCAAUCCUUCUCUGAUGACAUCAGUUUGACGGUUGGGGCAAAAUCUUCUUAGCUACACCCCUCCAAUCAGCAGUUUGAUUUGAGAGGAGGAGCGCAAAAAUAAAUGUUCAAUAUACCUUUUUAGGCGAUUCAGUGGUGCAUUGGGUAGCGAUGUCGCCUCACAACAAGGAGGUCGCUGGUUCAAGCCUCGGCUGGGUUAGUUGGCAUUUCUGAGUGGAGUUUGCAUGUUCUCUGCUUGUUCGAUGGGUUUUCUCCGGGUGCUCCGGUUUCCCUCACAGUCCAAAGACAUGCGCUAUAGGUGAAUUGGGUAUGCUAAAAUUGACCGUAAUGUAUGUGUGUGAAUGGAAGUGUAUGGGUGUUUCCCAGUGAUGGGUUGCAGCUAGAAGGGCAUCUGCUGCAUAAAAAAACAUAUGCUGGAUAAGUUGGCGGUUCAUUCCGUUGUGGCGACCUCAGAUUAAUAAAGUGACUAAGCCGAAAAGAAAAUGAAUGAAUGAAUGAAUAUUUGCUGAACAUUUCCAAUAAAAUGCAUAACAAAUCUUACAAUAGGAUAUUCAAAUUUUAGCAUAAAUCAUGUAAGUAAAAUAACAAAAAGAAAGAAGGAGAAAAAACUAAGAACAAGAGCGCAUAAACAAAACAAUUACCAUAGAGGAGUUUAGUUUUUGGAGUAUAUUUACAGUUCUGGUUGCUUUAGGACUUGAAAGUCCUUUAAGAGUUUCAAAAUAAAUUUUUAAAUCAGCCUUGAAGUGGGAGAUAUUAGGCUUCCUCUCUGACUAUUUACAUGUGUAUGUGAUACUUGCCUAUUAAUAUCAAUAGAUUUAACAUUAACAACAGAGUCUUAUCUAUAUCUUUUUUAUCUAUGUAACGGAGGCCAGCCAGUGACGUGCUAUGCAGGUAAACUUCACUCAUCUCACCUCAAAAAGUACUCUAGCGACAGACGCUAGAGGCCAUGGUCUUUAGCCUCCUUGUUAGAGCAACCGACUCCCUUGCAAAGAAUCGCUGGUUCGAUCCCAGCUCAGACUGGGUUGGAUGCAGUAGAACCGGUGAGUUACGUCUACAUCAAAUAUGGCAUCUCUUUUCUUUAUAUUAAUUCUGUGACCACUCAGUAUAAUAAAAAGACAUUCAACAUCAAAGCAGAAAGUUUGACAGCUGAGGCAAAAUCUUUUUAGCCACACACCUCCAAUCAUUAGAUUCCUGCAAGUGAUAGUUGAGAGGAGGAGCACAAAAAUAAAUGUUCCAUAUACCGUUUUAGUUUGAAAUACCUUAUCAUACUGAGGUAAACAAUUUUAAGGGGAAAAUAUGAAGUUUAAAGUUCAUUAGCAGCGUUACAUUAGUCUCCUUUAUAAUAUACACUACCAGUCAAAAGUUUGGGGUCAGUUUUUAUUUUUAUGUUUUAUUCUGUUCAUCAAGGUCACAUUUAUUAAAUGUAA